CUCUCCAAAGAGUUCUGACCCCAACUCUUAGUCAGGUCUGUCCGCGUGGAAGGAAGCGAGCGGGACCCGGAUCAAGGUGAGACGCCAGGACUGAGCCCGGCUGGCAGAUGGCGGGCUGGAGGAAUGGUGCUUCAGACGAGCGGCACAUGUGAGCCGGUCACCGGUCCGAGUUUGUAGACGAGCAGACAGAAGAGCGAGGAGAGGAGAGUCACCCAGCAGGUCCAGAAGUUGUCGGUCCGCCGGACACCAUGGUCUGUCUGCAGGGAAUCAGCUGGGUGCUGCUCAGCGCCCUGCUGCACCCGGUGCUAUCCUGGGGAGCUCCCAGAGACAGACCCAGGCAGUGUGAUCCACCGAAGUCGCAAAGUGACAUGAACUCCUUCUUGUGGCGAGUCAAGCGUGCACCUCCACAUCCGCACUCCUACCUUUUUGGCACGAUCCACGUGCCCUACACGCGAGUGUGGGAUUUUAUCCCAAACAGCUCAAAACAGGCUUUCCACGACAGCCACAAUGUUUUCUUUGAGUUAGACCUGACGGACCCUCUCACCAUUUCAAAACUGACCAGCUGUCAGCUGCUGCCCCAUGGGGAGAAUCUGCAGAACCUACUACCUCGAGACUUAUACCGCCGCCUCAAACGUCACUUGGAUUACGUUAAACACAUGAUGCCACUGUGGAUGACUGCGGACCAGCGCGGCCGCGGCUUGUAUGCCGAUUACUUAUUCAAUGCCAUAGCGGGGAACUGGGAGAGGAAGAGGCCUGUGUGGGUCAUGCUGAUGGUCAACUCGUUGACAGAGUGGGACGUCAGGUCCAGGGGGACGCCAGUGCUGGACCUGUUUUUGGCUCAGGAAGCGGAGAGAAUGGGAAAAACAACUGGCGCAGUGGAGCGUGUGGAGGAGCAGUGUCACCCCCUCAAUGGACUGAAUUUUUCUCAGGUGCUGUUCGCCUUGAACCAGACUCUCCUGCAGCAUGAAGGUGUCCGAGCAGGAAGUCUACAGGGCUCCUACACCACGGAGGACCUCAUCACCCACUAUAACUGUGGGGACCUGAGCUCCAUCAUCUUCAACCAUGACACCUCACAACUGCCGCACUUCAUCAACCGUUCUCUGCCCGCUCAUGAGCGGUUGACGGCUCAGCAGAUCGACAGCUACUUUCGCCAGGAGCUGAUCUACAAACGUAACGAACGCAUGGCUCGGCGUGUGUCGGCGCUGCUGCAGAGGAACCCAAACCAAACCUUCUUUUUUGCCUUCGGUGCAGGUCAUUUCCUGGGGAACCGCAGCGUGCUGGACAUCCUGAGACAGGACGGCUACGAGAUAGAGCACUUGCCCGCUGGUCACCCAGAGUCAACUACUGAAAACACUCCUGGCAUGCAUCCAGCUCAGCGGCCCAACGUGGACGCAACAGAAAUGAUCACUGGAUCUCCCACCAGCUGGCCCACCACCACAGCAGAGUCUGAGCUGGAAGAACCAGAAGACCUUCCCGGACUCGGAGACGAGGAGCUGCCCCAUAUGCUGUUGCCCGACAGCCUCAGCCAGCUGGAGGAGUUUGGUCGACAUAAACGGCCUCGCAAAGCUCACAGAGGCCACGGAAGGACCCGCCUCUUCAGUGACCUGUGGGUCCGAAUCGAGGACGGCACCAUCGAGCCUCCAAACGUGAGGAUAAUAAACGGCUACGUCACGGUGCAGCCCCCUCUGACUCACCAGGAGCAGCACAGACGGACAGAAGUCCACGCCACAGAGCCCUUAUCCACUCCAGCCUCCUUCAGUACUACCAGUUCCAACUCAGCCGUUCCAGUCUCCUGCCACACUCUGGUGCUUAUUUCUGCCUGGCUGCUGUCACACCUGCUGUUAACGUCCUGACCAGAGCAGUGGCGUCAUGGCUGAGGCGGCCGCUCCAGCUAUGCAGUGACAGCAGGACCGUCUGCACGUGCAACAAUCAGAGUUCAGCCCAGGUUUGAAAUCCUGUGGCCGAGGAAGCACAUUCAUCAAGAGUAGUACUUGCCUCCCGCUCGAAUUCCAAGACUCCUAGUCACAUCAUCAGCAGUGUGAAAAGCUCUCAGACUGGAGCCGCGGGAUGAGCCGGUCUGGAAACCUCAUCAGUGUAUUAAACUGCCUUUAUGUGGUUCUACGUGAUAAAAAUGUAGUAACAUGAUUAAUAAAGAGAGUAGAGGAUACUAAUAAUAGAAGCAACAGCUGCAAUGGCGGCACGUUCACUUGCCCUGAUCCUGUAAAUUGUGCAUUUUGUUCAUAAGGUAUUGUAUAUUUAUUAUUGCCAAAAAGAAAGAGUAUAUUUUCUUGGUUUAUAAGAUGAAUGAGAAUGAAACAUUGAUUAAAUAAACUAAUUCAGAAUGAAUGUUUUUUUUUUUUUUUUGUCAGUCGUCAAUGAUUGUGCUUGUAAUAAAUAUAACUGAUGUUCAAUGGGUUGUAAUUGAGAAAUAUUCCGUCUUGCAUUUCCUACUACUUCAUCCCCUCAAACUUCAGUUCAACCGUGCGCUCUCGCACCGAACCAAACGCGGACCAUCUGGUAUUCACAGACCGCCGCCUGCUGGUAGUAAAUAGACUUAUAAAUAAACGUAUC